AUGAUUACGACCACGUCCCGCGUCCAGGAAAAUCCUGUCAAGACACGGCUCACGGCUGUGGCUGACGUCCACUCCUCCCCCGCCGUCACGCCCAUUCCCGAUGUCAAGACGCUCAAAGAUGCCAUUCCAGCCAAGUGCUUCGAGCGCUCCAUGAUCCGCUCCUUCUCGUAUGUCGUUCGCGACCUCAUCAUCGUGAGCGCUCUCUUCUACUCGGCCGUCGGCAUUUCCCGGCUCGAUGCCCCGUGGUUCGUCUCCGUUCCCUUGUGGGCGUUGUACAGCUUUGUCCAGGGGUGUUUCUUUACCGGUCUUUGGAUCCUGGCCCACGACUGCGGUCAUGACUCGUUUUCCGACAACCUCACCGUCAACGCCAUCACCGGAUGGUUCCUGCACAGCAUCUUGAUGGUCCCCUUUUUCAGCUGGAAGUUCAGCCACGCGCGUCACCACCGAUACCACAACCACAUGGACAAGGACACGGUUUUCGUCCCGCCCCGCAAGUCCGAUGUCGAGUCCAGGAAGACUCAGCCAACCCUUCUCCAAAAGAUCAUGGACCACACCGAUGCCGACACGCCCAUUGUCACCGUCGCUGCCCUCAUCUUCCACCAGGUCCUCGGCUGGCCAGCCUACAUCUUGAUGAACGCCGGUGCCGGCCCCAAGAGCCUGACCAGGACCGACCGUAAAACCGCCUCCCGCUACAAGCAAAGCCAUCUGGACCCCACUUCGCCCGUUUUCACCCCAUCAGAGGCACCCUUUGUCGCCAUCAGCAACCUUGGACUCGUCAUGACCAUGACUGCCUUGUAUUUCGCCUCCAAGAGCGUGGGAACCUCGACUGCUCUCCUGGCAUAUGGUCUGCCUUACCUGUGGAUGAACCACUGGAUCGUUGCCAUCACCUACCUUCACCACACCCACCCAGAGGCCCCGCACUACGAGGCCGACGAGUGGACUUUUAUCAAGGGUGCUGCCUCCACCGUGGACCGUGACUUUGGCUUCAUCGGCCGUCACAUUUUCCACGGCAUCAUUGAGUACCACGUUGUCCACCACAUGUUCCCUCGUAUUCCUUUCUACCAUGCCGAGGAGGCAACCUGGGCCAUUGCGCCCCUGCUUGGUGAACGCUACAUUCAGCAAAAGACCAACUUUUUCGGUGACCUGUGGCAGAGCUUUACCAACUGCAAGCACGUUGAGCCGGGAACGGGUGCGCAUUCCGGAGGUCUGGUCUGGUCAAAGGCCAACGCUUAAUCGUGUCAACGCAACGCACGUAGUACUUGAACUGAUAGAGAAAAAAAUCCAAAAAGUUGC